AUGGCAGAAACCACCGAGUCCAAGACGUCUGUGGACGUGAAUGUUCACAGCUCGCACCAGGUAGAUCCUGUGCUGCAGACAGAGCACCAGCAUCACCACGGGCACCACCACCAUACAGCCUUUGCGGAGCAGGGCCGCGAAGAAGAAGUGGUGUACUCCAAGGAUACCGCAUUCGAGAAGGGAAUUGUGCCUGAGCCAUCACCUCUCGAUCACGCCAGCAAGAACCUCAGCCAAAGUGACGCAGAGACGGGGGAGUUUCAGCCUGCAAAGCGACCAUGGCAGCGACGCAUGCUCAAGCAUUGGCGCCAUGUGGCCCAUGCCGUGAUCUGGCUUCUGUUCACCGGCUGGUGGAUUGCGGGUCUGAUCUUGCACCGGUAUGAUUUGGGAUGGCUGAUUCCGUUCCUACUGUAUCUCGCUGUCACGCUGCGCAUCAUUUUCUUCUACGUGCCCAUCACUAUUGUGACGAAACCGAUGCAUUUCGUUUGGAACAACACCGCUCGUCCAUUCGUUGCGAUCAUUCCGGAAAAGCUGAGAUUGCCUCUCGGAGGUCUAAUCACCAUUGGGGUAAUUCUCAUCGGUGCAUUCGCUUCCCCUUCAAGUCAAGGUAACUCGCGGGCAGAUCGCGCAGUGAGUCUAUUCGGCCUUGCAGUCUUCCUGUUGAUCUUGUGGGCUACAUCACGAAACCGCAAGAAGAUUGUCUGGCAUACCGUGAUCGUCGGUAUGCUAGUCCAGUUCAUCGUUGCGUUGUUCGUCCUGCGCAGCGGAGCAGGUUACGAUAUCUUCAACUUUAUCUCGACUCUGGCCCGUGACUUGCUCGGAUUCGCAGGCGAUGGCGUGAAGUUCUUGACAGCCGAUGCCUUCUAUGAUAUGACCUCGCCUCUUCAGCCGGGCACUUGGUUCCUUGUCAGCACGAUCCCGGCGAUCAUCUUCUUUGUUUCGAUUGUUCAGCUCCUGUACUACAGUAAUGUCCUGCAAUGGUUCCUGGUCAAGUUCGCCGCGUUCUUCUUUUGGUCCAUGCGUGUGUCUGGUGCCGAGGCUGUCGUGGCAGCUGCUUCGCCCUUCAUCGGACAGGGCGAGUCCGCCAUGCUCAUCCGACCCUUCGUUCCGCAUCUUACCAUGGCUGAAUUACACCAGGUCAUGUGCUCUGGCUUCGCCACUAUCGCCGGUAGUGUGUUAAUUGCCUAUAUCACCAUGGGCGUCAACUCGCAAGCCCUAGUCUCUUCCUGCGUGAUGAGCAUUCCCGCCUCUUUGGCUUGCUCGAAGCUGCGCUGGCCCGAGGAAGAAGAAAGCCUGACAGCCGGCCGUGUCAUUAUUCCUGAUAGCGACGAACACAAAGCCGCCAAUGCUCUGCACGCCUUCUCAACGGGCGCCUGGCUGGGUCUGAAGAUCGGUGCCAUGAUCGGCACCACUCUCCUCUGCAUCAUCUCCCUCAUCGGUCUUGUCAAUGGCCUGCUCACCUGGUGGGGCCACUACUUGAACAUCAACGACCCACCACUGACCUUGGAGCUCAUCGUCGGCUACAUCUGCUACCCAAUUGCGUUCCUGUUGGGCGUCUCCCGCGACGGCGAUCUGCUCAAGGUGGGCCAGCUGAUCGGUCUCAAACUUAUCUCGAACGAGUUUGUCGCCUACAACGCCCUUCAGAACCAGGAGGCCUACCAGGACCUUUCAGACCGCUCUCGUCUCAUUGUUACCUAUGCUCUCUGCGGGUUUGCCAACAUUGGCUCCCUCGGUCAACAAAUCGGUGUUCUGGCGCAGAUUUCUCCUGGUCGUAGUGCGGAUGUCUCGCGCGUUGCAAUCAGUGCUAUGCUCACGGGCGCUCUUAGCACUUUUACUAGUGCCACUAUUGCUGGAUUGCUCAUCACCAACGAGAAGGCGUAUUUCACUUCUUCUUGA